AUGUCACCGGGCGUGAAUAUAAGUCAACAUUCACGCCCCAUCUUCACGUGUGCCUUCUACCUUCCUACUCCAUGCCUUGCUCUUGCUUGCAACAGUCAAACAAUCGCCCUUACAAUCAAAAUUCACAUCAACGUCAACGUCAACGUCAACACCACUGCAAGAGUCUUCGAGAUGCAGUCCAAGAUGAUGCUCACUGUUGCUUCUGUCCUCGCUUUCUCGUCUGUCUCUCUUGCUGGGCUCAUGCCAAAGUCUCCCAGUACGGAUAUCGCUAUGAAGAUCGGCUGUUAUCCGACCGGAAAUGCUGCCGACCCCGACACCGCCAUGGCAUGGGAUCUCUCCACCUGCGAUGGCCAGCUCAAUGGUGACAACUGUCUUCGCUUCUGCACCUGCAACGAGGAAUCCCAGAUUGUCUGUGACAGCAGUGCCAUGGCUGGUUGCAACGACAAGCAGAUGGCGGCUGGUUGCUCUGCCACUGGCAACAGCCACUGGUAUUGCAGCUGCUGGCCCGCUAAGGCUUGA